AUGUUUGUCGUAUUAACAUUUGUUUUUCUAUGUCUACUCAUAUUAUAUGUAAAACAUAAAUAUUUUACUUCUCGUCGUUCAAUUCCAAGCUUACCAACACAUUUUUUAUUUGGAAAUUUACUUCAAUCCGGGCUAUUACGUGGAGCUUCUUUUCCAGAAGUUUAUACAUUGUUCAAAAAUAAACUUGGUGAUAUAUAUGAAAUUAAAGUUGGAUUUUUACAUGGAAUAAUCGUCAAUGAUAUCGAUGAUGUGGAACAUAUUUUUACUCAUCGACAUAUUUAUGAUCAAAGUGAUUGGCUAGUGGACAUCUUAGCUGUUUUUGCACCAGAUAGUCUCAUUACUUCGAAAGGUGCUAAAUUCAAGCGGCAUGCUUCAAUCACAAUGCCCUUAUUUCGUCAUGGAAAAAUUCUUUCAAAUUUCGAUUUGAUUAUUAAUUGUACGGAUGACCUUUUGAAUAAUUGGUAUUCAAGUUCUUCAGACCAUAUUCAUCGUGAUAUUUUACGACAAUGUCAAAAUCUUCUACUAGAAAUUUUUGGAUUCAUUGGUUUUGACUAUGAUUUCGAUACACUUCGUGGAACAAACAAUAAUGAACUUACACAAGCAUUAAGAAGCUAUGUCGGUGCGCUGGAAUUAGGAUUCUAUUUACCAAAUUUUUUCUUUAGUGCCUAUUUGAAAUUAAAUCCGAAAUGUCGACGAGCACGAACAACAAUCAAACGAUAUUUAUAUCGAAUGAUGGAACAAGAAUUAACUGAAACUUCAGAAUCGAGAGCUCAACGAAAGAAAACAUCAUUAAUUGCUUCAUUAGUUGCUUCAUUACAAACAGAUGAACAAGCAGAAGAAAGAAAAAGUGAAGACAAGCGAAAAGGUCUAAUACAACGUGAAAUAUUAGGAGAAAUGCUUAUGUUUCUUAUCGCUGGUUUUGAAACAACAUCCACUGCCUUGGCAUGGGCGAUUCAUCUUCUUAGUAAACAUCCGGAAGUACAACAGAAGAUUAAGGCAGAACUGAUAAAUGAAAAAGUUGAUCAUGAUUUGAUAUUAGAUCGUCUUGAUUCACUUGUCUAUUUGGAUUGUGUUAUCAAAGAAAUCUUACGUUUCUGUCCACCUGUCGCUUCAGCAGCUCGAACAUUAACUAUGGAUGAUCGUUUACCAAAGAGUGGUAUUCAAUUGUACAAAGGUGAUCACAUAAUUAUUCCGACAUGCAUCCUUUCAAGAGAUCCACGACAUUGGUCGAUCGAUCCAGAACUAUUCUAUCCAGAAAGAUUUCUAGGUGCAGACAAGAAUCAUAAUCCUUAUGCUUUUCUUUCAUUUGGUAGUGGUCACCGUCAAUGUAUUGGACAAGAUUUGGCACGAUUCGAACUUAAAGUUAUUGUAGCUAGACUAAUGCAACGUGUUACAUUUAGCGAUGGUGGUCCUGAAGUGAAUGCUGGCGGACAUUUACAAGGAUUGACUGUUAUGCCGAAAUAUAUUGGCGCUAAAAUUAAGUUUUCUUCAAAAAUUUAA